AUGGAAGAGAGGAUUGCUGGCAGAUUUGAGAAAGCGAGAGUAAAACAUGUGACAGCACAUAAAAAAGAGCCACUUGCACUGGUGGCAAUGUACAAUGGAGAGUUUGAGUUAUGGAAUACGGCAAGUAUGCUGCUAAUUAAAUCCGGGAGUAUUGGGGAAAUACCCAUAAGAGCAGCUGCAUUCAUUGAGGACUGUGAGUGCUUUGUGCUUGGAUCGGAUGAUGGUAUGAUAAGGCUUUACUGCAUAGACACAUUCAAGAUAAAGUGCAAGGUACAGGCCCAUUCUGACUUUAUAAGGUAUAUUGCAGUGCACCCUGUCCUGCCGUAUAUAGCAACCUGUUCAGAUGACAUGCAGGUUAAAAUAUGGGACUACUCCAAGGAGAUAUCUUUAAUAAAGACGCUUACUGGGCAUACGCACUUUGUCAUGUCUGGAGACUUUUCGCCCCAGGAUAACAAAACCCUUCUGACGUGCUCGCUUGACCACAACAUAAUCGCGUGGAAUAUUGAGACGGGGAAUGCAGCCAAAAUUCUGAAGGGAACAAAAGUACCACUGAACACAGUAAAGUACAUUAAGGACAAGUAUAUAAUCAGCGGGGGCGAUGAUGGAAAAAUAAAUGUAUGGGACUCAGCAACGUACAAUUUAGUCACGAGUGUUGCUGGGCACAUUGGGCCAGUAACUGCCAUACACUGCACCAACAGAGGAUUUAUCAGCACGGGUGAGGACGGGAUUGUUCGGGAGUGGGAUAAGAAAAGGUUCCGGCCAGAGACUGCCACUCCAGGGAAGGUUCAGAGAAUAUGGAGUGUAUGCAGCACGCACACGGGCGGUGCCCUGGUGGGUGGAGAUGAGGGGAUUUCCUUUAUAAAGCAAAUGCAGAGUACUACACUAACCACAUUUAUUACAACAGGCAAGACUGAAGGAAGAAUAGUGAUAGCAGAGAAUACGCAGGUCAAGCAAAUAAAAACAGCCAAUCCGUCUGCACAGAAAGUCGUAACCACACUCUCAUUCCUUCCCGAUAGAAUUGCACUUUCUGAGACGGGGCGGUAUUUGUGUGUUGAGUCUGACAAUAUGGUUUAUGUGUAUACAGUGCUUGGGUUUUUACUGCAGGUGUCUGUUCCUGGUCAUUCUCUGGUGUGGACUGGCCCAGAAGAAUUCCUUAUGGUGUACAAAGAUGCGCUUGUCCGAUACUGUGACUUUGAGAUUGACCAGAAGAUAGAACUACCAGAGAUAGAUUCAGUGAAGUCCAUGGUUAAAGUGAAUAAUGAUGAAUUGCUUUUAAAGACAGAGAGCAUGCAUUAUCUGAUCAGUAUGUCUGGUGAGGUACUAAUGGAAGUGCCUGAUGUUCAGGGAGUGUAUAAGUACAAGGAUGUAUAUGUGAUGUUCUAUAAGAACAGAGUAGAAAUAUUCAGAGAAGGUGAGAGAAACAGUAAUAACAAGUCAGCACAGUGUGUAUACGAAUUUAAAAUAUCUGGCUGGGGUGCCCGUGAUAAUGUAAUAUUUAUUCAUACGGGAGGCAAGAUAGUUUAUGUGCUUAUAACACAGCCAACUAAAAACAAUCUGAAAAUGCAGCCUGUCUCCUUUAUGUCACUCAGUGCAACAGGAGAGAUUCUUGGGGUACUUGAUGGGGUGUGGUGUAUGGAUGGAGGGAAUGUAUUUGAGUAUGAGGUAGACUGGGAAUUAGUUAAAUACCAGAAUAUGAUUGUAUCCGGGAGUAUGCCAGAGAAAAUACCAAAUAAGUACGUGAAGGAGUGCAUUCACUUCCUUGUGGGUAUGAACAUGCUAGAAGACGCGUAUAAGCUAGCAGAUGACCCAGAUGAGAAGUUUGAGUUAUUAAUUAAGCUGGGCCGGCUUAAUGAUGCAAUGAAAAUCUCUGAUACAGAAGCAAAGUAUUCUCGCUUAAGCACAUUAUUUGUACAGGCUGGGAAAGUGUCUGAAGCUCUUGCAUGUGCAAAAAAGGGACUAUCCGUUGAAAAUGAAAUUUUAUUAGCCUCACUUUCAAAUAGUGUAAAGGACAUUGGCCAUGCAGCAGAAAAGGCGUAUGAUCAGGGGAAGAGUCUGGCUGCAUUGGCUGCUGGGUACAGGUCAGAGAAUUACAAACUCUGUUUAGACAUUCUUAAAGGCACGGAGUUUGAAAGUCUUUUUGCACAGACACAUGCAAAACAUCUGGGAAAGCAGGACUCACUAAAGAAAUAACUGUCCUAUUACGGUAAUAGCAAAAAGACAAUUUCAACAGGAAAUAAUAGCAGUCAUAAAAAAUAUUGUAGGAUUUUCCUUUAAAUUGUAUUAUUUUUAGUGUAUGUGCGCAUAGGAGAGAGUUCUUUGUACUUUCAGGUUAUAUUUCAAAGCAAACCAUUAAAAAUCAAAAUAAAUCA